CCGACAAACUUACACAAAAAAGGACGACAUCCCGACCGGACGACACGAUGGGACGAUGUAAAUUGGACUAAAUUAGAUUAUAAUCACAAAUCUAAAUUUGUUUUCCUCAAUUAUCAACUACGGAGUGGUCGUAUGUUCUGCUUGUGUUCUACUACUCCCUCCGUAACUUAAAAACCUUCCCAUUUCAAAAGUAGGUAUAUUAAGAAUAGUGAAAGAGGAUAUGAAUUAUUGAGGGUGUAAUGAGAAUAUAGUGGAAUAAUGUGAUGGAAUGUAGGAUAAAUCCAAAAAAAAGUAGUUGUAGUAGUGUAUCAUUUUUAGAAUUAUUGAGAGUAUGAUGGGAAGAUUUAGAAAUUGAAAGAUUUUUUUAUUACGGACGACAAAGGAAAGUGAGAAAAUUUUUAAGUUACGGAGGGAGUACUGAUCAUAAUACGGAGUAGCAAAUAAGUAAAGCUGUCGCGUGGGCAUGGGAAUGGUGAUGAUGAUUAGUACGGCGGCGGCGGCGGUAUUCGGUUUGGGUUAUGUUGGGAGGAAGCUGGUGAUGAUAUGGAAGAAGGCCGGUUGUCGGAAUAAUGUGAACCGGACAAACUGGCCGGUGGUCGGAAUGCUGCCGGGGAUAUUACAAAAUGCGGGCCGCAUCCACGACUACGUGGCGGAGAUUCUAAAACACAACGGCGGCACAUUUGAGGUGAAAGGGCCUUGGGGCUUUACUAACCUCAACUUGUUCCUCACCUGUGACCCAGCAAACAUCAGCCACAUCCUCUGCCGGAACUUCAAGAACUACCCAUAGGGCCCCCAUUUCCAGAGAAUCUUCGACGUUCUCGGGGCCGGGAUGAUCAACACCGACCACGAGGUAUGGGAUCUUCACAAGAAGACCACGACUCCCCUCAUGAACCAUCCCGGGUUCCGCGCCCUCUUGGAGAAAACCGUGUCGGAUAAGAUCCGACACGGGCUCCUCCCGCUUCUCGAGCAUCACGUGCAGAAGCGGGACGCCUUCGGGUUGAAGCACGUUUUCCGGCGGGUGGUCUUUGACAUCUCCUGCAUCCAGUUUCUGGACAAGGACCCUUGCAGCCUUGGCGUCGGUGAGGAAGACCACCCAUUUCUCACUGCGCUCCGGGAAGGGAUCCACGCUAUUCUGUAUAUAUAGGCAUAUUCUCCCGGAGUUGUGUUGGAAGCUGCAGAAAUGGGUGGUUGGGGUCGAUAGAGAGGAGAAGCUGAGUCGUGCUUGGCAGACUUUUGACCACUUCAUAAACCCAAUCCUUUCCCACAGAAUAAACAAUGACCGAUCCAGUACUGAUUUCAGCAUCUUACUUUCGCACAUCUAUGCACACCAAGGAAUGAGUCCCAAAUUUCUUAGAGACACCUUCCUCAGUUUGGUUAUUGCUGGCUCAGAUACUACAGGAUCAACACUGACUUGGUUAUUUUGGCUACUUUCCAAAAACCCAUCGGUUGAAGCAAAGAUUUUGGAUGAGAUCUAUCGCCAUCAAAAGCCAAACGACCAGCAGCAAGUUGGGAAACCAUCAGCUGGCGGCGACGAUAGUUAUAAGGAGCAAGAGGAGAUUACUAUAUUCAAGGCAGAAGAAUGUCAAAAAUUAACCUACCUCCAUGCGGCUGUGUGUGAAUCCCUCAGAUUGUUUCCAACCGUACCUAUGAAUCAUAAGAUGCCUAUAGAAAGAGACGUUCUUCCCAGCGGGCACAUCGUCACACCCAACACCAAAAUCAUAAUGCCUUACUAUUCCACGGGGAGGAUGGUUUCCGUGUGGGGAGAAGACUGCAUGGAGUUCAAGCCCGAGAGGUGGAUUUCACCCGCUGGCCAUGACAGAAUCCUCCACCAACCUUCCUACAAGUUCCAGGCCUUUGGCGCCGGCCCCAGGGCUUGCAUUGGCAGGGAGAUGUCAUUAACCGUCAUCAAAAUGAUUGCAGCUACCAUACUAUGCCACUACCGCUAUGAGCUAGCAGACCUCACCAUCCACCUCAGGUCUCCGAAUCCAUCCUUCUUGAAAUCAAGGACGACCUCAAGGUUGUCUUCUGACGUGCACUUUGUCGUGAGUGCACUCAAAAUAAAUUCAAUACUAACACUUAUACGUAGUAUAGUGAAGUAGAGUUCGUAUCCACAGGGAAAGGAAUAAUUCUCUUUUUAUGAACUAGUAAAUAAAAG